AUGCUGGGCGAGGAAGUUUUUGAUUUGGAGGCAGAGGGGUGCCCGGUCUUGGAACCCUCCCCUCUGCUGGGCAGCGAGCCGUCCCCACCUUCCUCCCCUGGCCAGCAAGUCAUCAAGGAGGUCGAUGGCGUCGAGCUGUCGCGCAAGGCUAUCGUGGUGCAGGAGGAGGAGGAGGGCGUGUGUCCCAUUUGCCUUGACGAGUUCACGGAGGCCGAUCCCGGCAUCCCCACUACCUGCGGACACUGCUACCACCUCCAGUGCGUCAUGCAAUGGGCCCAACGCAGCAGGGAAUGCCCCAUGUGCUUCAAGCUGCUGACACUCGAGGAUGAAGCUUUGAACGAGCUCCUCCCCUUUGGCGAGUAUGUGCCCACUGACGCUCCUCUGGGAGAGGUGGGCGAGGAGGGGUGGGAGCUGGAGCGGCUACUCCUCCGACUGGCGGCGGUGGGGCACCGGCAGGAACGGCGGGCGGCGAGACGAGCCGCCCGCCGUUCGACGGUGCCCACCGCCCCGCAGCCCAUCGCCGAGCGGGGUCCCUCCCACCGCCUGCAACGGGCCGAGGCGGCCGCCGAGGCGGGGAGGUUGUCCCCCGACUGCCCCUCAACGCCUGCGAGGGCGGGGCCCGCGUUUCCCGCCAGCUGGCCGCCGGCAGGGGAGGGGGCCCAGGCCGCUGCCAGCUCCAGUCGCUUGAGGAACGGGGAGAAUGACGCGGACCAGACGCCGUCCUUGGCGCCCUCAUCCUCAUUCAAAUCGCGCCUUGCCAAGUUGAAGUUCAGGGAGUCGUUCAACAAGGCUACUAAGGAGCUGAAGUCGGCGCUGUUCAGCCCCUCCCGAUCCAUCAGCCCUCCGGUGAGGCGUGAGGGGCUAGAAAGUGCUACUCUAUCUUUCGGUGCGCAUGCCGUGCUCAUGCACCCCCCCGGCCUCCCGUUCGGAGUGAGCAAGCAACCUUCCCGCAACUCCCCCUCCUGCCUAGGUCAUGAAGGACGCGCUGGCGAUUCUGAACAGACCGCGGCGUGUCGUCUCCUGGCCAGCAUGCAGCAUCAGCUUUCCAGGUACUGGAUCGAAAGUGUGGGACAAUCCUGGCAGGGAUUGAUGGGCCAGGUUGUCGGCAAGAUGGCCAGGUCCUAUCACCUGGCUUCCAAGGCGUGUGCCUGGCGCCAAGCCUGCAUUGUGGCAUGGCCGUUUGCCAUCUCUCAUCCAGCCCGCUCAUCACUCCCCCACUCCUGCAGGGUGGCGAUCAGCGGCGGCAUGUCGGGCCCGGGCCCCCACCCCUUCAAGCAGCCUCUUAGCCCAGGGUCGGGGUCCUGCUCCCCUUCCGACAGCUCCCUGUGCAGCUCCCGGGCCGGAGGCCGGUCCAGCUUCGAGGAGACGCCCCCCCCCUCAACCCUGCCCAGCAUCAACACCCGCGCCUUCUGCGACGCCUUCUCCUCCUCCACGGCCUCCUCCCCCCCCGCCGCCCUGCGCCCCGCCCCCACCCAACCCCUCAUGGGUCAGAGCGGCAAGGGCCACGACCGCCUGGCCCUGGCCACUCCUCCCAGUGCGCUGGGCAGCGACGCCUGGCGCGGCGACCACCCCGCGCCCUUUGGCCGAUGCAGCAUGGACUGGCCGGCGGAGGAGGAGCGUUGCGUGGCUGCGAGUCGCGAGCUGGACGCGCGCAUGAACUCCUCGCGGCAGACCAUGGACUUCGUGCGCGCGCGGCGCGCGCGCUUUGCCAAGCUGGACCGCGGCGCGCUCACCGUCUGGCAGGUGCUGGACGCGCUGGAGGACCUGGCGCCGGGGUCGCGCGAGCGCGCCCUGUACACCGCCGACGCGGCGGCCAAGCUCUUCCCCGCCCUGCCCUGGAUGCCCGUGGUGGGCCUGCUGGCGCGCGUGGGAGAGGUCCUGGGGCACGACAGAUGGGGCUCCGAGCCCAGCUGGCUGUUACAUGCCGAAUCCUUCCCCGUGGGGUGCAGAGUGCGCGCUGCGGUGGCGGCCAGCGCCUUUGCCUUCACCAACCCGGACAGGCGCAGGAAGGCGUACUCCACGCCCACCGGCAUGUACAGCACUGGGUGCGGGCUGGAAAACGUCUACAUGAGCUGGACGGGGGCGGAGUACCUGUACAUGGUCCUCUCCCUCAAUGGCUCCCGCCUGCCGCCCGAGGCACUCUUCCUCCUGAGGCACCAGUCCUUCAAGGCCCUGUUCAAGCCAGGCAAGCCCUACCACGAGCUCCUGUCGCCGUCGGAUCAGCAGCACUACACCGCGGCCCUGAGGCGGUACUUCCAGUCCCCCGAGCUGCGGUGGUAG